AUGAGUGCUGAUCUCUAUGACAUAUUCGUCACUUGGUUGCAUGAGCAGAACGUUGCCGAUAUUGUGGUGGUUCAAGAAACUCAUUGGGGGUUAGGACGCACAGAGGGACAGUGGACGAUUGGGCAGUGGCAUUUCCUGACCAGUGCGGAUCCGUCCACUCGUUAUGCUGGAGUGUGCGUGUGUAUUUCUUCUAAAUGGGCUUCCUCUGAUAACAUUACCUACAGUAUUUGGGCUCCAGGGCGCAUUCUCCAUGUCAGAAUUUCUGGAUACACUGUGCCGGUUGAUAUCAUUGCUGUCUACCAGUGGGUACUUAGCGACGGCUCUUCUGGGCAAAGUACACAACGCCGUACUGCGUUGUGGUCACAGCUGAACAGGCUCCUGGGCACACUUCCCGCGAGGAAUGUUCUGGCCAUUGCUGGUGAUUUUAACACGGCGUGUCGGCAGCAGGGUGGACACAUUGGCUCAGGCACGCUCUUCCAGGCUCGCACCGAGGAUUUGGAUUUUGUGCAUCUGAUUCAGACUUAUGAUCUCUGUAUCUUGAACAGCUGGGGUCGCGCGCGAGCUCAGCUCGCUGCGCUGGCCCUUUGGCACUGGACCUUGCACCGUGGCGGUUGGGACCGAGGCAUAGGCAGCACGCUCAGUCCAGCCGAGCAAUUCGAUGCCAUCCACGGGCCGAAUCCACGGGUUUGGCAAGCGUGUCCGGACAUUUUUGCUGAUUGCGUUGCUCGGUCCUAUGAGGAAGGCGUUGCAACUGAGCCCUCGCGUUUGCCAGGUAUCCAGGACCCCACCUCCAAGGUUGUAGCUCGCAUUGUCCGUAAGGCCAUAGACGAGGGCAUCAGCCGCGUUGCUCAGUUCUGCAAGACCGUGCGCGGCAGGUUCUCCAGCAUGCAGGAAGAGGACACUCAAAGAGCAGCGGCCCUGGCGGAGAUCAACCAGGUUUGGGGGACGGGAGGCAUUCCCACGAUCCCACUGGCCUCGAAUUCCAUGUCGAUGCCGAAGGAGGCAGCGCCGGAGGGACGGCGCACUGCCGAAGUGGCACUGGACUCGAGGCAGUCCAAGUGGCGGAAGCCGGCGGUGAAGGGACACCCCGGCAAAGGCAACUGGUGGGAUUCGUGGUCCAAGGAGUGGGAGAAGGACCAGCAAGCGCAGAGCUCCGGUCUGGACCGGCAGACCACGACGCUCCUCAAGGCCCUCACGAAGAUGGCCUUACGGCACGAGGACGAGCUCUCCCGCAUCAGAGUCGAUUGCAAUUUCAUGCUGUUUAUCGACGUGGAGGGAGAGCACAGUGUACUGCCAGUCAUGCAGCAAACAGCUGCCAACUGGCAAGAAGCUUUCAGUGCGGGAACCGUGACAACAUCGCUGCGGAUCGUGCUGUUUGUCGGGAUGAUGCAGCAGCUCCAAGCUCGCCUCCAGGACUUGUUGCAGAACCAGGAGCAGAUGGACCGCCUCAUGGCAGUGGGCUGGCUUCAGCAGGGAGCCACAGCGCUCAAUCCGGUGUGGCCGUUCUACCGAUGGGAUGCUGCCACCAAGCCCCAAGUGGUAUCGGACCAAGCCCCGCUCACCCACGAUCAGGUUCUUCACUGCGUGGAUGCGUUGCUGAAGACAGCUUGCAACCCGUUGGUGCUCCUGCGCUUCAGGGCCGCCAAGGAUCUGGAGGAGCCGGAGAGCGAAGUUGUUCCAUUCCUGGUAUCGGUGUCCCUUCGGGGGCAGCAGGCUCAGGAUUGCUUCACCGCCCUGACCACGCUCUCGCACAACGGAGUCUUGAAGCUUUUGGGUUUGCGCCUGCGGCCCGAACGACUCCGCAAGGGCCCGAUGGCGGAAGCAGUCGAGGAGGCCUAUCUUUCCACGUCAUGGACGGAUUGGAAGCCGCGUCGGAACCGGCGCGGGGGGCGAUAG